UUUACUGAGUGUAAGGGGCGUAUCUUUGAUGUGACAUCAUCUUACACGUUGUUCGGAUGUCACGUGACCUCCCUGCGCGUUUGGGGAUUUAGCGCUGACCGUCUGCGUAAAGUAAGUUCAUGUGUUUGGGUAAGAGACCGUAUUCGAAACUCAAAGUGAGAACUAUUCAAGUGUUUAUCUAAGGUCAAAUUCUUAUUCAUAUUUUAUUUGAGUUUCCUUCAGACUUUACAUAAAAUUUAAGAACUUUCCUGUUACCCCAUGUUUGUUAAAUACAUUUCAAAGCUGGCAAUCUCAGUUUUUUUUAUGUUAAUAAAAAUUUCACCAAAAUAACGUUACCCAGAGAAGCAUUUCCCACAACAAAUAUUCUUGAAUUUAAUUUUUUUUUUCAGCGAAUGCUAAAUGUGAAACGAAAAUCUUUUAUUUCUUUUUGAAUGGCAGUAGUUUUUUAUUAUUGAGCUUGUCAUUUACAUCAAGGUUUUCAGAUAGCUGAUGGCUCUACGGUGAACUUCUAGUGAAAGAAUGAAAUGUUAAGGAAUAUGGCCAGUCUUUUAAUAUAUGUCGACAAUUUUUCAUGCAGUGUAAAGAAGAAGAAAAAAAGCAGUGCCACUCACAUAAUCUAAACAACCAUUUGUACGAUAUAUGUGCCAAGAAUGUGGUAGUUUGAAGGAAGCUUAAUUUUCAUGUGUCAGUCAGUAUUCUUUUAAAAUCUAUAGAAAUAAAUACAGUAGUAAUAAUUAUAUAUUUUUGUAGGAAACCAACAUGUAUGUGAUACCUGUAACAGAGGACUUGCACUGAAAAAGCAAUUGUACAUACACACCAAAAAGGAAUAUAAUGUAAAAUUUGUUGCAAUCAUUUACCUGUACAUAAAACUAGGAUUUAGGGAGGCAUGCUUGCUUACAAAGGAGAAAAACCUGAUAAAUUUGACCAUUCAGUUGAAGAAAAUUCUUUGCAAACUCAAUUACUUAGUCGUACUGCAGGGAAGCCUUAUGUGUGUGAUACAUGUGACAAAUCAUUCAGCUCAAAGUAUAGUUUAGCCAGACAUAUACAUAUCCACACAGGAGAAAACUGUCAUGGGUGUGAUAUGUGUAACAAGUCAUUUUCCCAAAAGAUUGAUUUAACAGCACAUAAGCUUAUCCAUACAGGAAAGAAAUCAAAUGUAUGCAAUGUAUGUAAUAAGUCAUUUUUACGAAAAUACGAUUUAGUGACACAUAUACGUAUUCACACUGGAGAAAAGCCUUAUGCGUGUGAUGUAUGUAGUAAGUCAUUUGCACGAAAGCAGGAUUUAGUGGGACAUAUGCAUUUUCAUACAGGAAAGAGACCUAAUGUGUGUGAUAUAUGUAACAAAUCAUUUGCACUGAAGUCAGUUUUAGUGAAACAUAUGUAUUUUCACUUGGGAGAAAGACCUCAUGUAUGUGAUAUUUGUAACAAAUCAUUUGCACUAAAGUGUAAUUUGACAGUGCAUAUGCGUAUUCAUACAGGAGAAAAACCUCAUAAAUGUGGUAUUUGUAAUAGCUUAUUCACAAAUAGGACUAAUUUAGUUGCUCAUAAGCUUAUGCACACAGGAGAAAAACCACAUGUGUGUGAUAUAUGUAAUAAAUCGUUCACUCAGAAGGCAGAUUUACUGAUACAUAUGCGUGUUCACACAGGAGAGAAACCUUAUGCAUGUGAUAAGUGUAAUAAAUCAUUUUCAGUAAAGUCCAACUUGGUGAGACACAAGCGGAUUCAUAUGGGAGAGAAAUCUAGGAAGUGAUAUAUGUAACAAGUUAUUCAUUCAAAAGAUCUAAUUAGAAAUGUGGUGUAUGUGCAAGAAAGAAAUCUAAUUUAUGUCAUAUAAGUAGCAAAGCAUGUAUUUAAAAGUAUGAGCUAGUGGUACAUAUGUGUCUUCAGUUGGGAGAGAGUGUGUGAUUUAUGUGGUAAUUCACUUGUACAUGUCAUUCGUUCAUAAAACAGACUGCAUUGCAUAUAUAUAAUGGAGCAAAACUUCAUGUAUGUGAUGCAUACAACAGCUCAUCAUGCUAAAGGCUAACUUACAGAUCAAAACAAAGAUCCACACAGAAGACAAACCUCAUGUGUACAAUUGUUGUAACACAUUAUUUGUGUAAGGGUUAUUUUUUAAGUAAGGUCUGUUGGUAAAAAUAUAUUUACAAGUGCCCUUUGGCGAAAAUUGACAAUUUUUGGUGGUACAUGGACACCGAGUUUGACCAGUUAUUUUGGCUUUGUGUAGCGGCAAUUUGUAUGCCUAAAAUUGCCGCUACACAAAGCCAAAAUAACAAGUCAAAGAAUGCACAGCAACCUAUUUUGACUUAACAAAACAUCAGCGAAUUGCACAAACUCGGCAUUGUGCACUUCUACGACUUUGUCCAUAUACACAUCGAUCUAUUUUCACCUAAAAAGGUCAAAGGAGCACCCAAUUCUAUACUAGAGCCAAAU